CACCGCCACAGCCUUUGAUCACCAUCACCUCCCUUUGCGAUACAUCGCCACACACGCAUUUGACCUCCAGCUACGCACGCAAAGUGCACCAGAGUGCUGCGUUCCUUGGAUAGCGGUAUGCUUUAGGGCUGCUAGGGUGGGCUCAAGAGGCAGGAUUGAGUAAUAUUGAUUACAGAGGGCAUCAGUACUUACUUGGACAGGCAGCAAGGCACGAUGAAUGAGGCAGCGAGGAGGGCGCUGCUAGAGAGUGGUGAAGAUGAGGCAGUGACGGUCAACCAGAGGGCUCUCAUUGACAAGAUUCUCGCACGAUAUGCAGCCGAGUUCACCAUCUUCCGAGAGCUGAUUCAGAAUGCUGAUGAUGCAGGCGCCACAACCUGCGAGUUGCGCUUUGAAAGCGCUAAGCACUGUGACGAGCGCGAUGCUGCCACGACUCCUUUAAGUGCAGGUGAUCCUUUGAGCGUUGCGGAAACGAGGACCGCCGCGAAGCCGAAGUCGCCAGACUUCACUGCAACACUUCGCAACUGGGUCUUUAAGAAUGACGGAGCGGUUUUCAAUGACCAGGACUGGACCAGACUAAAGCGCAUCGCUGAAGGAAACCCGGACGAGUCUAAGAUCGGUGCAUUUGGUGUGGGCUUCUACAGUCUCUUCAGCGUGUCCGAAGAGCCGCUGGUGGCCUCAGGUGCCGACUUGAUGGGCUUCUUCUGGCGGACAGACUCACUCUUCACGCGUCGUGCCAAAGCUCCUACAGUCGAGAUGACGGCCGAGGGCAAGCCUUGGACGAGUUUCUAUCUGCCUCUGCGCGAGCCAGCGCCCUUGGCCGACUCGGUGCUUGAUUUGACUCGCUUCUUGGCCACCAGCUUGACAUUUACGACGCGGGUACGCAAUCUCGAUCUUUACUGGGAUGAUGUGCCACUCGCACUGCUGUCAAAGCAGCUUAGCAAAGCUCAACCGCUCGCGAUGCCCUCGCAUCUCAACGCUACCAGCCCGCAGAGGAUGAUGCGCGCUACGCGUCUGGAUGCUACCGGCCUGCAGCUGGACGUCAAGGUCAGCCAAGCGAUCUUGAGGCUUGUCAAAGAAGAGCAAGGACUCGCCAGCAUCAAGGCAAGUCUUGCCAAUGCUUUUACUAAGUCGUCAGGCACUUCGAGUGGUGGCUUUGGGGCGUUACUAGGCGGCAUGUUCGGACGCAGCACUGCCAAGGCGAAAGCGGCGGAGGCUAGUGCCGCCGAAGCACUAGCUGCAGAGCAAGCUCAGCAGGCGCUGGAGAAAGCUAAAGCUGCCGAUGCAGCUGCUGCUGCCGCUCGCUCCGCCACCGAGCUUGUCGAAGCCUCAAUACAUAUCAGUGUUGCAACUGCUACAAUCACAGUCACCGCUGACAAGGCGUUUUCGAAGGAGAUUGAGCGGUCCACCAAAAAGCCUCCGCCUCGUGAAACGAAGGUCAGCAUCAUCAAGCAGAGUCUGGAAGAGCAUGACGCCAGUCUGAAAGGCGCCUUGGCCGAGCCGGUUGCAGGCGCCGAAGAGAGUGCAGAAGUCAACAGGACAAGAAGAGGUCUCCGAGAAGUUUUCAAAGGUGUCCUACCAAGCUUGGAAGAGCAGGGAUACGUCUUUAUCGGCUUCAAGACGUCUCAGUCGAGCGGCUUUGCAGGCAACCUCGCUGCAAGAUUCAUUCCUACGGUCGAAAGGGAAGCGAUCGACUUCAUAGAUCGCUAUUGUGCCAUCUGGAACAAUGAGCUGCUGGCGAUGUGCGGCUAUCUCACGCGAGCUACCUACGAAGCCGAGCUUGCGCGCAUUGCCACAUUUUGGGACUAUCAAGUGGGCAACAAGCGACCCAAGGAUGACAAUUCUGACGCGGCGCGCGCCUUGGACAAGGCAUUGCACACCAUGCGAUACCUAACAUUCAAACCCUCUACACCGGCUGCAAGAGUUUCCACGGUUCUGGAGACAAACUUUUUCGCAGCAGCAAGGCAAAACACCCUCACCCUUGCUUCGACUAGAGGAGUCAAGCCUUCUGCGCAGAUCAGAUUUCCAAAUGCUGAACUUGCAGAGUUUGUCAAGGAUCUAGCAGUCAUCCCUCCUGCGCAUAUUGAGAAGGCAGACGUCUUCAUGCUUGCUGUCAAGACUCGUGGCCUGGCACGCGACAUUACCAUCGACGACGUCUUCGGUGAGCUCAGCAAUCGUGCUCUCUCGCCUCCAGAAAUGGUUGCUGCUCUAAAAUGGUGGCUCAGAGUAGCCGCUCACCCAUCGUUCGACAGCUCUUUGCAACAACGAUUCCUCGAUGCUGCCAUUGUGUCGUGCCCAGCUACCGAGAAGGCGCAAGAGAAGGCACAGCCCUUAAAUGCUGUGGAACACUGGCUGAAUCCUCAGAGGAUCCCACCAGAAAUGAGUUGCCCGCCCUCUUGUCUGGCCUAUGAGGUGUCCAAGGAGCUCAGUACGCAGGAACUACUGCGAGUCUUCGGCUGGAAGGAGCUUAACCAUGCUGUCUGGCUUCGGUAUUUGGUGCGAAGUAGUUCCAGCUCAUCCACCUCUGAUGAGUCCACCAACUUGCAGCUUUCACCAGAAUUUGCGGAGCGUGUGCUGGGCAUCUUGGCUCGUGCUUGGGGUCAAAUUUCCUCGUCGUUGCAGAAAGAAGUCACGGAAGUGCUUUCGAACGUCACAUGCAUUCCGACUGCGAAGGGCAUGUCCAAGCCUGCUGACGCUUACAUGCCGCAAGUCGUGCUCUUUCCAGAUCUGCCCACUGUCGCACUUCCGUCGACACCGGUCAAGGGAAACACGGAAAAACUUUUGCAGGCUCUUGGCGUCAGACGUCACGUGCAGCUGCAACUCGUAUUUGACAGACUCGUUGGAGCCGGUGCCUGGGACGUCACACAAUUGCUGGCGUACCUCGCAACAAAUCGAGAUUCGCUCUCCAAGCUAGAGUUGGACCGGCUCAGAAAGACGCCCAUGUUUCGCGAAGCACCUAAGAAAGGCGAGACGCAGGGACCGAGACGAACUGCCUCUCAGCUUUACGAGCCGCUUGAAGAGCUAAUAGCCUUGGGUCUACCAACGCUCGACUGGCCUGGCAAGUCAUGGCGAGCCACUUCCGAGGAGGCCAAGUUCGCCUUCAAUCUGGGGCUGCUCAAAUUCCCUCCGCCUGAGCAGCUCCUAGAGUUAGCAUCGAAGACAAGUGACGAUAUCGAACGUCGAGAGAAGGCGCUUGCCUACUUUUUCAAGCACUUUGAGCUCGUGUACGCGCCCAUCUACUCUAGGGACAGCAUGGCCGGCUUCGCAUUUGUUCCAGCGCUUCAAGGUGAAGAGCGGACUCCCGUCCUGCUGGGUCCAAAUGAAGUUUUCAAAGCCUCUGGCAGCCUCCACCUGGGCCUGGCGAUCGUUGACGAGCAGAAAUUAGCAAAGAGGGACAUUGCCAAACUGGGCUUGCGUGAGCAUCCUACGGGCGCUAAAAUCCUUCGAGCCUUGCAACAACACCCGCCUAUUACGACUACAAUACCUCGCGCGAAGCGUAUCUUCGAGUACUUGGCCGGGACGAGCGAGCUCUCUGGUGCGCAACUUGCGACUUUGAAGAGCACGCCAUUCAUCCCAAUACUUAAGACCAAGACUCGCGUUGCUGCGCACGAAGAGAAAGCCAAGGCCUCUCCAGAUAUUUCGCUGCAAGCGCCUUCGGACUGCUACUUUGCAUCGGUCGCCGACCCUAGCAGCGGCAGUGAGCCACUGUGGGCCGACGUCUUCUCCUACAUAGACUUUGGGCCAGAGACAGUCCCUUUCCUCCGAGCAUGUGGUGUCACCGCCCAACCGACCGUGCAGGAGAUAGCUGCUCGAGCUGUGCGACAACCUGCCCGCUUUUUCGCCGCAGGCGAAGAUGCCUACCUGGGAAUACUUCGGUCUAUCGCAGCUAGCUGGAAUCAGAUCAGCCAGCAACUUCGUGCUGAGAUGCGCGCCUCGCCCUUCUUGCUCGCUACGAAGCGAGUGGAGAGCACAGCCAAGGCUGAUGACGAGAAGGUUGCAGACGAGGAUGUAGAUGAUCUCGACGAGUUGGGCUCUCUAGUCCAUCUGAAGGCUGCCAGCGAGAUCGUGGUCAAUGACGAUCCGACGUCAUACUUGCUGUUCGGGUCUAUGGUCUACUGCGCACCCAUGGAAGACGCCUUGCAAGAACUUUACACUCGGCUGGGUUCUCCUGCUCUGAGCUCGCUCAUUGAACAGAAGUGGCGAACCGAAGGUCGCCCGCAGAUCAAUACGCCUACCACCAAAGCAGUCCGUCAGCGUAUCCUUGAGCGCACGCCCCUCUUCUUCUUUGAGCAGCAGCUUGCAAAGUCAGACAUUCAUCGAGACGUUGAAUGGCUGAAGAAGGAGACAAACUUCGAGGUGGUUGAAGUCCCCGCUUUGAGCUCCACCCGAAUGCUUCGCUUUCAUGGUAUCAGUAGUAGCAGGGCGACGGCCUGCACUGCCCUGGCAAGCUCGACGGGCGGCUUGCUGGGUGGCAAAUUGAUCUUGUAUCUGGUCAAUGAUCCUGAUCUAUACGAAGUCGCUGAGCACAUCACCCGCAACAUCAUCAACAGGAGGCGCGGUGCUCAGAUGGUGCCGCUGUACCACAUUUUACUUUCUGCAAGCCUCAUGACCCUCAAGCGACGUGGCUUCCACGUCGACAAAAUCAUUGCUCAGCACAAGGCAGCACAACGCGACCAGCGCGAAGCUAUGGCGCGCGAAGAGCGUAAACGCGCAGAGCUGGAAGCUAUCGAGCGUUCCAAGGAGCCACCACCUAUCAGCGAUGCUCAAUUUGCUGAGUGGCAGCGUCAAGUACUCGCACGCUUUCCUGACGCGGACCCCCAAUACGUGGAUAGCCUCUUACGAUCUCUCAGGGACGAUCACUUGGAACGCGCCGCUUCCGAGAUGACCAAGCAUGCCUAUCCCAAGACGGGACCUGGUUCAAAAAUCGGACGAGAAUUGAGUGGUUCCAAAGAGAUUGAUGGUCUAGACGAGAAGUCAGGGUUUGCCGAUACGAAGACGCCGGGUGGCGGUGGCAUACUCUCAAAUUGGCGCAGCAGGCUCUCGACCACUCGACAGCGUGAUGGUCCCUCUUCUCUUGCAGCUGGUACCUCGAGUAUUGAUCCCGGGCCAAGUCUACCCGGUGCUUUCGACUCACUGAUAGCCGCCGCUGGACGAUCCAGUCAGGGUCAGUCUGGAGUUGGAGGCAGCUUACCUCUCGGCACUGGUGGGCGAAGUGGGAACGCAGAACAACCCUCUGGCUUGGCCGAUAUUCGCAAAAGCGUUAUGCAGGCCAUUCACGCCUCACGACCCGAAAAUGCACAGAGCAUCGAAGCGGAACGACAAUCAACGCAGGUCAAAGAAGCAGAGCAAACUUACUGCGAUCAAACGACGGGUGCGAAUCUCAAGCUCGUUGGUCACGUUGCAGAAACUUCGGUAUACCUUUCUCCAGAGCUGGAUCCACGACAGACUAUGGAUCGUAAUGGAGCAGCACUCAAACGCUUCAUCACACGAGUCCUCAAGCCGGUUGCCGUGGAUGUCUUUGGCAUUGACCCUCGCGCUAUCAGCGUCUUCUGCGACGUAGUUGGCCCUGCGGUAGCGUUCAAUCGGGGCGGUCAUCUUUUCUUCAAUCUUCGCUACUACCUGGCUUGGCACGACGAACAGGUGAAGAAUAACAACCUUACGGUGGCGCUCAUCAGCACAGCAAGCUCCGUGGCCCAUGAAGUCGCUCACAAUCUUGUCGCUCAACACGACUCGCAGCACGAGUGGUACAUGCAGUCGAUUGCGGAAGAAUUCUUCCUGCCCAUGGCUGCUCUGGUCGCCAAGUGUCAACGGGAGCGACAGCAGCUCAUGUCCUAGAGUCUCUUACCCAAAUGAAGCGUAUCACACCGAGCUCAGCUGUGAUCAUGCAGACAGACUCUUGCUGGCUUUUGUCUUCCCGACAGUGUCCAAGCGAACACCAUUGUAUCUCUUCCAGGCUAGCGUCCACAUUUGUUUGUAUAGAUCCAGCUCACCUCUUCAAAGCAAUCGCAUAUCUCUUCUUGCUUU